AUGUGCAACUCCUGUUGUGGCUCCUGCUGCUCUGGCCAGGGGUGUGGCUGCUGCCAUCCCAGGUGCUGCCAGACCACCUGCUGCAGGACCACCUGCUGCCGCCCCAGCUGCUGUGUCUCCAGCUGCUGCAGCCCCUGCUGUGGAGGUUCCAGUGGCUGUGGCUCCUGCUGCUGCCAGCCCAGCUGCUGCCAGCCCAUCUGCUGUAAGACUACCUGCUGCAGGACCACUUGCUGCUGCCCUACCUGCUGUGGGUCCUGCUGUGGUGGCUCCAGUGGCUGUGGCUCCAGUGGCUGUGGCUCCUGCUGCUGCCGCCCCAUCUGCUGUAGGACCACCUGCUGCCGCCCCAGCUGCUGUGGCUCCAGCUGCUGCAGCCCCUGCUGUGGUAGUUCCAGUGGCUGUGGAGGUUCCAGUGGCUGUGGCUCCUGCUGCUCUCGCCCCUGCUGCCUCCAGACCACCUGCUGCAGGACCACCUGCUGCCGACCCUGCUGCUGUGUGGCCAGCUGCUGUCGCCCAAGCUGCUGCUGCUAG